CAUUGUUGUCUUCCCAUACCCUCUCUCUCUGACUCUCUCCAUCUCCCGUUCAGAUCCACAUCUUGACCACACCUUCUGAUCCAGCCAUGGCCUCCCCGUGCCUCUCCUCUCCAUCACUCACUACCACCGCCAUAACAUGGAGUUCAGCCGUCCACCGUCUCUUCCUCCAUCAUUCGUGCUACGCCGGUCUCCACCAUCGCCUUCUCUAAGUUCACCUUUGGCUCCCGAUGUCGCCGUGUCUCUCCGUCAAUGGAGUUGCGUUGCUUCCCUCUCCAACAUACCAACAGGCCACCUUCCCCUCAUAUCAGAUCCCUCCGUCCGUGGUCAUGGAUGAUGUGCAGGCCGCCCGUGCUGCUCUGGAGCUGCCCUUCUCGAGCUCGGUGUCGCCGCGCUUCCCAACCCCCUCCGCCAGCGUCAGAUCCGGCAAGGCGGCCGAAGAGCACCAGCGUCACGCCCUCCCCACCAUGGUAUGCCCAGCUUCUCCUCACGCUGGCCUCCUCCAUCAAGGUCGUCGAGCUCCCUCUCCUCUGCAGCGGCCUCGAGUUGAAUUACUUCUGGACUUGCUGCUCCUACGGCGCCUCGCUUCAAAUUCCCCACAUCGUCCUGAUCCGGUUCAGGUAUAUACUAUGGGUUCUUCUUGGAAGAUUUGGAGUAGGGUAUUUCGAGUGGUCCGUUGCCCAGGUUUGCUUCUUCAAGCUGCGCGUGUGUGAGGGAGUUAGAAAUUGGUACCUUUUUGUCAAAACUGAUUUGGUCUAUGGCUUCAGUGGAAUGUACCAGACUUCUUGGUUCUUGAAAGGGCUUCCCGUGGAUGUUUCAGUAGUUUACCAUGUAGUCCAGGUUUGGCUUGUGGUGGUUUGAUGUUACGCGGAUGACAAUCUUUGAGCUGGGGUUGCUUCUUUGAUUAUCUUUGACGGAUUGAGCUUUAGAUGUAUGCAUUCUUUUGUAUUAGUCUGUUCAUAUAUGAGGUAGCAGGUACACUGGAUGUAUGUAUGCAAUACACUGGAUUUCUUGUUCAUCUUUAAUGCACUGCGGCAGCAGUACUUUUCUU